AUGAGCGACAAUCAACUUAGUGGUUCUAUUCCUUCAUCACUAGCAAACAUCAGCAACCUAGAAAAUAUGUUCUUUUUUAAUAAUAUAUUAUCUGGUUCCAUUCCUAUUGAACUUGGGAAUUUGAAAUCUCUUAUUGAUCUUAAGGCGAACCACAAUCAACUUAUAGGUACUAUUCCUUCAUCACUAGCAAAUUUGAGCAACUUACAGCAUCUGUACCUCCAUCAAAAUAAAUUAUCUCGUCCCAUUCCUAUUAAACUUGGUAAUUUGGAGUCUCUCACUGUGCUUGGGGUUGGCGACAAUCAGAUUAGUGGUUCUAUUCCUUCAACACUAGCAAACCUCAGCAACCUACAGUAUCUGUACCUCAAUGAGAAUAAAUUAUUCGGUACAAUUCCACAGGGAUUAGGAAGUCUAGAAUUGUUUCACCUACAAAUGUACAAUAAUCGAUUGUCUGGCCAUUUACCCGAAGAUCUGUGCAAUGGGGGAAAGCUUCAGUUGUUAAUAGUUAAUGGAAAUCAACUCACUGCUUUGGCAUCUAUCCACGCUUUAAAAUAUCUUGAUAUCAGUCACAAUAAUUUUCACGGGCAGCUUUCUCAAAAUUGGAGUAAAUGCAAGAAUUUGACAGCCUUAAUGAUGGCAUAUAACAACAUCAGUGGUAGCAUACCACCAGAGUUUGGAAAUUCAACUCAACUACAAAGACUUGAUCUUUCUUCAAAUAGUUUGGUUGGUGAGAUCCCAAAGGAGUUUGAGAAGAUGAAAAGCAUGUUCUACUUGUACUUGUCUGAUAAUCAACUUUCGGAUAUUAUACCACAGGAGCUCGGAUCACUGCAUCAUCUCCUUGCUCUUGAUCUAUCUAAAAAAUAUAUUGAAUGGGUUGAUUCCAAAAAGUAUUGGUUAUUGGGCAUUCCUCUACUACUUGAAUCUUAG